CUACGGUGCGGUGGCUGCCGGAACUUGCCGGGGGAGGCGGGACUGUGAGCAAGAUGGCGGCGUGGGGAGGCGUGAGGCGCUUGUGGCGGCGGUGCUGCCAGGGACUAGGGACUUUUCCUGUAAAUUACUCAAGCAGAGAUAUGCCAAAGCAAUAUCGUUUUCUUCUAAACAAGGACUUGUUGUGGGUUCAGUUCUCAGGAUUCCACAGAGAUUUACACCAUCAUAAGGACAAUUCUUUGGUAUCCAUUUCAGAUGAACCGGACACAUUAUACAGGAAAUUAUCAGUUUUAGUUAAAGGCCAUGAUAAAACUGUGUUGGACAGUUAUGAAUAUUUUGCAGUGCUUGCUGCUAAAGAACUUGGCAUCUCCAUUGAAAAAGUACAUGAACCUCCCAGGAAGAUAGAACGAUUCACCCUUCUGAAGUCAAUACACAUUUUCAAGAAGCACAGAGUUCAGUAUGAAAUGAGGACGCAUUAUAGAUGCUUGGAGUUAAAACAUUUAACUGGCAGUACAGCUGAUGUCUAUUUGGAAUACAUCCAAAGAAAUUUACCUGAAGGGGUUGCCAUGGAAAUAAAAAAGACCAAAUUAGAGAAACUACCUGAACAUAUUCAGAAGCCCAUUUGGGACAAGCUACCUUCAGUAGAAGAAACAGCAAGCACGUCAUGAGCCCUUCAUGUACUAAAGCUUUUUCACAUCUGUUAGCAACGGAAGCUCAGCCUCUGCCUGUUAACAUUUUAAACACAGCAUCUUCUCACAGGUGUUACCCUCUAUCCAACCUCAAACCUUGUCUUAAUUUUGCAAACAAUACUUAAAAAUUAUGAUGAGACAGGUCAUUUGCUACCCUAAUUAUCAGUGAGUUAGGAUCCCAGCUCCAGGCCAUUAGCAGAAAGACUGGACUGCUGUGAAAAUGUUUUGUCUGUUUUUCUUUUAUCUAAGUCUUAUGUGGCCAAAACUUGAUAAAUGUACAUGAACAGGUCAUGGAUGUACAGUAAUGGCUUAUUUCUGCAUAAACACCACAGGAUUUGUGAAUUUACUGUCACUGAGGCUGAUAUUUGAAGCACAUAUCUCAGAGUUUUUCUGUGACCUAUUAAAUUUUAUUUAAAAUAUUUAUUGCUAGGGUAGUCUCCUGAAAAAGGUUACAUUUAUCUUCUUUUGUUAUACUUGGCAAGAUGACAGUAAAAGCACAUUGAAGAGAA